AUGCAUUUGAAACGAAGUUAUAAACAACUGCAAAACGGGGAAGCUCCACCUCCAGAACCGACACCGGAACCUGCACCAACACCAUCACCACAGCCGGAGCCAACACCAUCACCGACACCUGCACCUCCACCGCCAGAAGCAGCUCCAACGCCAUCGCCAGAACCGCCAGCGCCAUCACCAGCACCUCCUGCUGAGGGAGCUCCGCCAGCGGAAGGUGCUCCACCUGCAGAAGGAGCGCCAGCACCUCCAGCAGAAGGUGCACCGGCGGCUGCACCUGCAGAAGGCGCGGCACCACCAGCGGAAGGUGAAGCACCACCAGCUGCUCCUGCGGAUGGAACAGCGCCGCCACCAGCGGAAGGCGCGCCGGCCGCACCUCCUGCUGAAGGUGCACCUCCUGCCGAGGGUGCACCUCCUGCCGAGGGUGCACCUCCUGCUGAGGGUGCAGCUCCUGCACCACCAGCGGAAGGAGCACCACCAGCGGAAGGAGCACCGCCAGCGGAAGGUGCGCCACCAGCGGAAGGUGCGCCACCCGCGGAAGGCGCGCCUGCGGCACCACCGGCAGAAGGUGCACCUGCGCCAGCGGAAGGAACCCCAGCAGCACCAGCACCAGCAGCCCCACCAGCCGAAGGUGCUGCACCUGCGGAGGGAGCGCCAGCUCCAGCUGCACCCCCAGCAGAGGCUGCGCCGGCACCCGCGCCCGCUGAAGCUAAGGUAGUUUUACUUUUGAAAGUUACAAUGAACGUCACUCCCAAUCGCCCGAUAACUGGUUCGAAGUUCAUCACGUACGGUAUGUUAAGCUGUAAAAAUUUGUGGUUCUAG